UUGCCCAACUACUUCAAAAGGUUUGCUAUUUACUGCGUUUCCUUCUUACUGGAAGUACGUUGUCUCGUUACAUUAUCUUUUUUAAAUAUUGAUCACAAUGAUAGUAUUUUUAUUAGUAUUUAUAUUAGCUGUAUUUUUCUAUGUAAAAUACAGAGGAGGACGCAAACAGUUAUAUGAACUAUCUGAUAUCUUGCCAGGUCCAGGCUGCGUGCCUGUUAUAGGAAAUUCUCAUUGGUUCAUUGGCGGUCCUGAAAGAAUAUUACAAAAUAUUAAGAUUUUAGCAAAUCGGGCGGAAAAGUGUCCUAGUGGAAUUUGCAAAAUCUGGAUUGGACCAUCUUUAUAUGUGGUGGUAACCAAUCCUCAAGAUGUGCAGAUAGUCCUGGACAGCUGCUUAGAAAAGGACUACACGUACAAAUUUUUGCGAGCAUGGCUUGGCAAUGGACUGUUCGUUGCUCCAUUGGACUUAUGGAAAUCCCACCGCCGCGUGAUUCUGCCGAUUUUCCAAAACCGUUUGAUCGAGGAUUUCAUAGAGAACUUUGGGAAACAAGGUUCGAUUCUUGUGCAGCGGCUGGAGAACGAAGUGGGAAAAUCAGAGUUCGAUGUGUUUAAAUAUAUUACGUCCUGCAUGUUGGAUAUUGUAUUUGAAACCGCAAUGGGCGAGCGCAUGGACGUCCAACACAACCCGGACACGCGGUACCUGCGCGCGCGCAACUACGUCAUGUCAGUUAUUAACAUGCGACUCUUCAAGCCGUGGAUGCAGCCAGACGCACUCUUCCACUUGACCAAGUACUCCAAAUUGCAAAAAGAGAGUAUUGAUAUCACACAUAAAUUUACUGAAGAGGUAGUAACAAGAAAAAGAAAAGCUUAUGAAAAUGGUGUAAUCCAUAAAGGGUGUAAGGAUUUAUUAGAACUCCUCUUAUCGCGAGGAACGAAAUUCACUGAUGAAGAGUUAAGGGAACAUAUCGACUCUAUCACUAUAGCUGGUAACGAUACCACGGCUCUGGUUAUCUCCUACGUUCUGCAGAUACUGGGACAUCAUCAGAAAGAGCAGCAACUGGUCUACGAAGAAUUACAACAAAUUUUCGGAAGUUCUUCGAGACUUCCAAAUAAAGAGGACCUAAUGAAAAUGGAGUACAUGGAGAGGGUGAUCAAGGAAACUAUGCGGCUGUUCACAGUUGUACCUAUCAUAGCCAGAAAAACGCUGAAAGAAGUGAAACUUUCGUCUAUAACACUGCCACCGGGUAUAAGCUGUGCCGUGGUGCCGUUCGCGAUGCAUCGUUCUAAGAAACUGUGGGGUCCCGACGUGGAUGACUUCAAUCCCGACCGCUUUCUUCCUGAAAACUGUGCCAACAGGCAUCCCUGUGCAUUCAUACCGUUCAGCUACGGCGCUAGGAAUUGCAUAGGACGUCAUUUCGGCAUGCUGGCUAUGAAGAGCAUCUUGGCGAAUAUCCUGAGAAAAUACAAAAUUAACUCCUCAGCAUGUGGCAACCUCAAAAUAGAAAUUCUCCUAUUUCCAGUGUCAGGGCAUCUAAUAUCGUUAGAGAAACGUGAAACUCCCGUUGAUACGUCUGUAAACUCAUCUAUGAAGUCUAUGAAAAUUGGCCCAUUAGUAUCAUAAAUUCUUCUUAAUCUAAAUAUGUAAAGUAGUUAAUUUCUCUAAGCAUUGCAUGGACCCAGCAGUUAUUCUUUAGUUUGGAUUCUGGAGUUUGUUUUCCCGCAUAACAUUCCCUACUUUGACCUAUCUUCGGUAUCUGUAAACCUUCAAGAUUAUGUUGUGGCUAAAAUAAAACUUGCUUAUGCCAUGUGUUUUAUUUGGUGAUAUAGGUAAUAAUAGGCUAUAGGCAAUUUGUUUUAUCUAAACAUUUGCUAUUUCUCUUUUAAGUUUGAUAAGGUUUUACUUAAGUUAAGGGAUUAAGUUGAAAUAAAUGGAAACAAACAAUGAA